GUGGGUUUAACCCUUCAGACUAUUCGGGUUUUGGUGCACAGGGAUUUGUGGCAAUAAUUACACCCGAAUUGGAUUCGUUUGUCAUUGAAUUGAUCGCGCACCCGUUUCAAUGUCAUAAUGGACAGGUUGCAUUCGUCCAUGCGUAAAAGGCUCUACAGUUUGCCACAGCACAUCGGGCAGAAAGCGUCCAUCAUGGGUGAUGCAGAAGACGCCGACAAGGACACCCGGAGGAAGAGCAUCCGGAUGAAGCCCCUGCCUUCCGCCGGAGCCCUCGGGGAGACCAGAAGUGGAGAGUCCGUGAUCAUGGAGACGGACAUCGGGAGACCCGUAAAGACCAGCUCCAACGGGGACUGCCGGAGGUUCCGAGGCAGCCUUUCUUCCAUCACCAGUAGGCACGUCCACGACUCGGAUGUAGCGGAAGAGAGGCGUCUGAUCACGGAAGGAGAAGUCACUCCGAGCGAGGAGAGCCCUCCUGGAGCCGCGGGUGGCGGCGGCGGCGGCGGGGGAGAGGAUGCCGCCGGUGCGAGCCAGCAGCAGCAACCGGGCGUCCCGGAUCAGCAGGCUGGCUUUAUAAAGCUGGAGGGCAUCGAGCAGAUCCUGCCUGACGACGAGAGGUACUAUCAAGCGGGCUUCAUGCACAGGCAAUUCGGGGCGAUGCUGCAGCCCGGGGUCAACAAGUUUUCCCUGAGGAUGUUUGGGAGCGAGAAGGCGGUGGAACGGGAGCAAGAACGGGUCAAAUCCGCCGGCUUCUGGAUUAUUCACCCCUACAGUGAUUUCAGGUUUUACUGGGAUCUCACCAUGCUGCUCCUGAUGGUGGGAAAUCUCAUCGUCAUUCCCGUGGGCAUCACCUUCUUCAAGGACGAGCACACGCCGCCGUGGAUCGUCUUCAACGUGGUUUCCGACACCUUCUUUCUCAUGGACCUGGUGCUAAACUUCCGCACAGGAAUUGUGAAGGAGGACAACGCGGAGAUCAUUCUGGACCCUCAGCAGAUCAAGAUCAAAUAUCUGCGCUCAUGGUUCGUGGUGGACUUCAUCUCUUCUAUCCCCGUGGACUACAUCUUCCUCAUUGUGGAGACGCGCAUCGAUUCGGAUUUCUACAAGACGGCGCGCGCUCUGCGGAUCGUACGCUUCACCAAGAUCCUCAGUCUGCUGCGGCUGCUGCGGCUCUCGAGGCUCAUACGCUACAUUCAUCAAUGGGAGGAGAUUUUUCAUAUGACCUACGACCUGGCCAGCGCAAUGGUGCGAAUCGUCAACUUGAUUGGAAUGAUGCUGUUGCUCUGUCACUGGGACGGAUGCCUGCAGUUCCUGGUGCCGAUGCUGCAGGAUUUCCCCGCCGACUGCUGGGUGUCCAAGAACAAGAUGGUGAACAACACGUGGGGUCAGCAGUAUUCUUACGCUCUCUUCAAGGCCAUGAGCCACAUGCUGUGUAUUGGAUAUGGCAUGUACCCACCUGUCGGCAUGACAGACGUGUGGCUGACCAUCCUCAGCAUGAUCGUGGGUGCGACCUGCUACGCCAUGUUUGUCGGCCACGCCACGGCGCUGAUCCAGUCGCUGGACUCCUCGCGCAGGCAAUAUCAGGAAAAGUACAAGCAGGUGGAGCAGUACAUGUCCUUCCAUAAGCUGCCAGCAGACAUGAGACAGCGGAUCCAUGAUUACUAUGAACACAGAUACCAGGGGAAGAUGUUUGAUGAAGAGAGCAUUCUGGGAGAACUGAAUGAGCCACUAAGAGAGGAGAUCAUAAACUUCAACUGUCGGAAGCUGGUGGCGUCUAUGCCGCUGUUCGCCAACGCAGAUCCGAAUUUUGUGACAUCAAUGCUCACCAAACUUCGCUUCGAGGUCUUCCAACCUGGAGACUACAUCAUACGAGAAGGAACCAUCGGAAAGAAGAUGUACUUCAUCCAGCACGGCGUGGUGAGCGUCCUCACCAAAGGAAACAAGGAGACCAAGCUGUCGGACGGGUCCUACUUUGGAGAGAUUUGUCUGCUGACACGAGGCAGACGCACCGCCAGCGUCCGGGCCAACACAUACUGCCGUCUGUACUCUCUGUCUGUGGACAACUUCAAUGAGGUCCUGGAGGAGUAUCCCAUGAUGAGGAGAGCGUUUGAGACCGUCGCUCUGGACCGCCUGGACCGCAUCGGGAAGAAGAACUCUAUUCUCCAGCACAAGGUCCAACAUGACUUGAAUUCAGGGGUUUUGAACUACCAGGAAAGUGAGAUCAUCCAGCAGAUCGUGCAGCACGAUCGAGACAUGGCUCACUGCGCCGACCUGAUGCAGAGUCCGUCGCCGCCUGCUCCUCCGUCCCCUACUCCCGUCAUCUGGGCUCCCCUGAUCCAAGCACCUCUACAAGCUGCUGCCGCUACCACAUCGGUCGCUAUUGCACUAACCCACCACCCCCACCUCCCCGCCACUCUCUUCCGACCUCCGGUGUCCGUUCUCGGAUUGAGAAAUGAGCCGACCAGCCAGCUGAAGAGGUUUCAGACAAUCGCACCAAAACCUGUAUCAGCUGGUGACUCUCCAUCCGGUUCCCCAUCAAAGAUUUGUCCGGCAGUCGAUACGCCGCUUCUCGCAUCCCUCCGGACGCAGCACUCAUCAGGAGCAACCACUUCCAGCCAGCAAGCCGGAAUUUCAUCAUUCCCAUUUGGAAGCUUCUCUUCUUCAUCGGCGUCUCCGACUUCUAUCACUGCACAGCUCCAUUUGCAGCCAAGACAAAAGCAAGCCGUCGCUCCCAGCACUCCUCCACAAUCGGGACAUCUCCAAGCAGGAUUUCCAACUGGGAUCUUGGCUACAACCUCAUCGAAUACUAGCCCUCUUUCCACAGGCUUGUUCAGCCAUGCACCCAGUCAAUUGCUGCAUGGCCAACCCCCACCAAAACCCUCUCAAACGGGCUCCCUGCAGCAAUUUGCUACCGGAGGGGGCAAGACUUCCACUGGUUUGAACCUCUUCCACACUCCCCCACCAGGAUCCCCUGCUUCCAGCCGUUCCCAAGCCCCCGAGAGUUCCACGUCAUCCCAGAUCCCACCCGCUUUAUCCACUUACCUUCCUUUGGAAAGGUCAGCGCUGGCCUUGCUUGCUCAGUACGGCUCAGCGAACACCUCGCCGUGCUACACCCCUCUAGCCCCGAGUCCGACCAUCCAGAGCCCCGUCACGGGGAGAACUUUCCACUACAGUGACCUUUCCAGCACCGCCGGCUCCCACACUUCCCUGCUCUUCCCGCAGUCCUCCUGCCCCGGGCAACUCCCAGGUCACCACUCUUCCGGCACAGACUCUCCACUGGGCCGCUUUUAUGAGGAUUUGAACAUACUGUCCUGCUCGCAUCCCGUAGAGGCAGCGGAUCAGUCUUCCCCUCGGGAGCCCGGUUACUGCCUCUCGCCAUAUUCGUCCCCGACGCUCACCCCCAAACCCUGUAGCUCGGUAUCAGGGCACAUGGUCGGCCCUGUACAGACUUCACCGGGCUCUCGAGGCCAAGCUUGUUCUAUAGGGACGUCACCUGCACUUUCUCUCCCACGAGCCUCCGACGGCCACCCGUCUGAACUAGAACCGCUCCGCUCUAAGCUCCCUUCCAAUUUGUGAGGCUAAA